GGCUCACAGCGCAGCCGCUGAUACCUGACACUCCUUGCGUGUAGCGCCAGCAGAAGAAGCCCCGUCCGCUGCUGGACGCAACCCCCCGGCCGCCCCUCAGGGGCAACUUUCCCCGUCUCCCCCUGACGUUUCCCCCCAGCCCCUCCGCGCGAGCGAUGACGAGCAGGGUGGUCGUCGCACUCUGCGCCGCCGGUCUCCUUACUGUGGAGCUGGCGCGGGGCAUCGUCGUCGAGCUCGGCAUGGGCGCCGAGCUCGGCGCGGGCGGCUACGAGGCGGCCACCUGCAACGAGUCCAUCGCCGACGCUGGGGGGCGGCGUGCGCUGAAGCUGCACGUGGAGCGCCUGCCCGUCGGCGUGCCGGAGAAGGCCCCUGCGGGCGGCGAGGCGGAACUCCUCUGGGCGUGCGGCGUCGCCUGCGCCGCCGCCGCGAGGCAGAUCUUCGUCCACCUGGACGCCAGUUGCCUCCGCGUCUUCUGCUGGGGCAUGCUGACGUGCGUCACGACUGGGCUUGGGGCCCUGCCUUUCGUGCUCGUCGGCAGGGACGCCCUCGGGGAGCGCGCGCUCGCGCUCGCCAACGCCGCCGCCAGCGGGAUGAUGCUCUCGGCCUCCGCGGGGAUGCUGCAGGAGGCGCACGCGCACUCGGGCCCGUGGGCCUGGCAGCUGCUGGCCGGCCUCGCGGCGGGAGCGGCGUUCAUCCGCGGCUCCGAGCGUCUGAGCCCAGGCGGCGAGGGCGAAGAGGGGAACGACGACGACGUCGUCCUCCUGCACUCCGCACUGAUGGACAAGCGCCACCUCCGCAAGGCCUGGCUCAUCUUCGUCGUCAUGUUCUGCCACUCGGCCGCCGAGGGCGUCGCCGUGGGCGUGGCCUUCAGCAGGCAGCUGCCCGCGAGCUUCGGCCUCUUCGUGUCGCUGCUGCUGGCGGCGCACAACGUCCCCGAGGGCCUGGCGGUUUCGCUGGUGCUGGUGCCCCGGGGCGUGUCCGUCCGAGCGUCGUCCGCGGUCGCGAUGCUGACGAGCUUGCCCCAGCCGUUGAUGGCGGUGGCCAGGUACUUCUCGGCAAUUUCUACAUUCUCCUCAGUAUCGCUGGAGGACGUGGUGCUGGAGUACUUGCUGUGCUUCUUGGACUUUCUGGAGCGCGUGCCAUGGGGCACGGUGUCGGACCUCUUCGUGGACGCCUUCCGCUGGCUGCUCCCAGUCGGCCUGGCAUUCGCCGCGGGAGCCAUGGUGUACGUCUGCCUCCACGAGCUGCUGACGGAGGCGGCGGAGCAGCUCGGCACGCGCGGCGCGGUGCUGUGGACCUCCGCGUCCUUCGCGCUCAUGUCCGCGGCCAUCGCGGCCCUCCACUCGCUCACGGCAGACGCGCUCUGAGCCAGACCCUCUUCCAGCUUCCUCUCUCUCUUCUCCCUCAGCCUUCCCCCCCGCUCCGCUCCCCUUCCCUCGGGUUCUGCCAGGACCCCAGGUAAGGGUGGUGAUGGUGAUCCUGCUCCGCUUCUCUGCCAAGCUGGAGCAGGGCCGCGCGAGGGCGCUGGGCCUGGGCGCGGGGCCGGCGCGCGCGGGCGAAGCGCGCGUCGGCCCCGUGCCCAGGCCUGCCCCGAAAGGCGCCAUAGGAGCGCCCGCCUCCCAGCCCCAAUGCUGGGCCUGGGCGUCCAUCUUGUGGCCCGAGGCUGGGCCUUAACCUGGGCCCUUUUUGUCGCUUAGGCCGAUCGUUAGGCUGCGGGAUGCUUCGUGGGUCCGAUGAGCCCCGACGCACCGCUCCUGCCCUCUCUGGCCCGCCGGAUCUGCCGGCAUCGCCGGGAGGGCUAGUCAGAGGAGGAAUAGGUACGGAUGCCGCUGUCCCUGCUUCCUUUUCGCCUGUUCGGGCCUCCUUGGAGGCCUUUGUCGACAGCUGGAUUCGCCACGAGAUUCUGGC